AUCCUUUGAUCGACGACGACCACGAACGAGAAGACACGGGCUCAACUGCGAACGAGACGCCAGGUGUUGAUUACAAUCGUCUAAUUAGUACCGCCUCUGCCACUCCACUGAGGUCACUCUGAUUAAGCACGUGCAUCCAUAUUCCACCGAUUUACGCCUCUCCAAAAUCCGAUAAAAUCCCUCUCGCCACCCUAGACACUAUGGACUCCGGUUCAAGUGUCACUGCUGACCCCAUCCAUCAUCGCGACCAUAAGAAAAUGCUUCAUACAAGGCGCAACCUAACUGCUGGCAAGCAUUCGCCCUCUGUCGACUCUCCCGCGUACGAUGCGUAAGUUGCUUUGUGUUUCGUAUAUAAGUAGCACAAAAUGUCUGAGUAUCUAUGACAGGUCAGAAGAGGAUAACGAUCCGAUGACAGACGAUGCCGCAUCGACCAUAUCCCUCAACGUCUCGCGCAAUCAGCAGAUUCCGUCUUCCCCACUCGCCAACACGCGGGGCGGGGCGCGUCAAGCAGCGCCAUCGCGAACGCGACAUAAUCACCUCUCGGGUGUCAUUUCUUCAGACGAUGGUGUCGACUCUCCUACGUACGAUGGAGAUAUCGAGACGAGCACGAGUGUCCGCACUGUACACCAUUCACAUCCCCACUCGAGUCUCGAAUCCGGGCACUCAUCCGCAUCCGCUUCCGUAUCUACCCUCACAUCUCCGACAUCUGCGCACUUCCCUGGUGUCACUGCCGCAGAAGCAAGGGGCCAAAUUAUCACUCCCGCUGUCACCGUUACUGCUGCUUCUCGUCAGAAUUCGGGUACGACUUCGGGUCGUCCGCAACAGAGUCAGCCUGUGAACGUCGCAGCUGUCCCGUUAAGGGCCUCAGAGGAGCCUCCACCUGUGCCCGUUGCCGCAGCAGAAUUCGAUCCUGCGAAGCUGACCAUUGAGGACAUCCAGGAAUUUGUGAGGAAAGCUAUUGCUGGUGAUCCGACUGAGGCUGGGCUGAAGAGGCCGUACAAAAUUAAUCCCCCUCCAACUGGGAGGCCUGUUCGCGUAUAUGCUGAUGGUGUUUAUGAUCUAUUUCAUUUUGGUCACGCAUUACAACUCCGACAAGGAAAACAUGCAUUUCCUUCCGUGUACCUUCUCGUUGGUGUCAACUCAGAUGAGCUUGUACAAAAGCACAAGUCCCGCACGGUCAUGACCCAUGCAGAAAGAUGCGAAGCAGUCCGACAUUGCAGAUGGGUAGACGAAGUUGUUCAAGACGCACCAUGGAUCAUCGACGCUGCCUUUCUCGACAAAUGGGAAAUCGAUUACGUCGCACAUGACGAAGAUCCGUACGCCGCACCAGGACACGACGAUGUCUACGGGUACGUCAAGUCACUCGGGAAGUUCCUCCCUACGCGUCGCACGCCUGGAGUAUCGACAAGCGAACUUCUCGAACGGAUCGUAUCUGGGUACCGAAAGCGCGAGUUUGACGCGAAGCUGGAGAAAAUUGGCGCGGGGGAGUUGAAAGCGGAAGGAUCGGAUUUUGAUGAUAGCCCUGCUGGAUCGAGACCGCCUUCUCGUGCCGCGCGUGCAGUGAAGCUACCAUCUACUGUUGUGCAUGCUGCUCCGCCUGCGACGAGAUAGUUCUUGACAAAUUUUACUUACAUUUGGGUUGGGUCUUUGUCAAUUCGCGCUUUCGUCCUCCUCGCUUUCGACCGCCACUUAGCUGUGUUGUUGUUCCUUUUUGAUGAUCGCUUCAAUCAGUACUCAUGGUGGGAAUACAAGAUUCCGUAACGCAUGAAGUCUUUAUCUCUAUGUUGUUAUUCUUGCUAAUAAAAUAUGCUUGCACUUUAUAUGACUGAAGGCUGGAGACUGAAGACUGCAUUACAAUAAUCAGUUUUAAUAGGCUUUCCGCCUUUGCGAUGGCACGGCUAUGGAUUACUUCAGACCACUGAUCCAGCAUCCAGAUAGGAAGUAC